AUGCGUCUCAAUCUUCUGGUCUUCUGUCUCUUCUCCUUGGCUCACGCCAAUUUCUUCGAUGAUCUACUUCAGUCGUAUGAUGAGCAAGGAGAGACCCUCUGUGUCCCUAUCAAUAACGACCGUAUUUCCCAAGAGGCAGUACGCACCGCGUUCCAGGAUCUUCUCACCGGCUUCAUUGACGGAUUUUUUGAUUGUGAAAUGCGCACCAGUAACACUGAAAACACUGGAUUAGGCAACUUUGUGAUCUACUCGGCUUAUGGAAUCGGUGGAGGAAUUGGAGUGUUUUAUAGGAAACUGUUCAAUUUGAGAUGA